GCCUAAACGUGUGCAGUACCUGCGCGCGUACCUGUGCCCGCGAUACGUGCACCGCGUUUACCGUUCGCGUCUCCCGAUCACCUCGCGCGCGUGCGACCACCAGUGCAGUGUCAUCGGCCAACAGCCGCGGUGCAGUACAGCGCGACCGCAGCGACCCCGUGUACCGCCCGCGAACGUGCGCCGUCGCGCAUAUUCCGUACGCCGUGACAUGCGUGUCGACCGCGCAACCGGUGUGACAUUCGGCUAACGGCAAACGGAGAUAUUGUAGCAUUCAAAUUCGGAGCCGUGAAUUGUUUGAUUUGCGCGAUCGGUUUAUAAAAACGUUACGAGUUACGAGUUACCGCGACCGUUCGGCCACACGGACUUACUUACUUAUUUACUUACUUACCCACGUAGCGGUGGUAUGCGCCGCCGCUAUCGCCACUGGACGAAGUGAUGUUAUCGAUGAACAGGCCUAUUAUCUAUCAGACGACUAACAUGGGAAUGCACAACAACACGUGCGGCGGCGGCGGCGGCGGCGGCGGUGGCAGCGGCAUGGUCAGCGGCGGCGGCAGUGGCGGCAACGUGGGCGGCGGCGGCAGUGGCGUUGGUGGCAGCAACAUGAUGGCUUAUACGACACAAACGUCGGCCACGGUGGACGACUAUUACUGCGGUGGCGGUGGUGGCGGCCUGGUGACCGACUACGACAUGCCGCAGUGUCUGGGUGGCCGGCCGCCGCUGGAGCCCGCGUACGCGGCCGAGUGCGGUGUUUACUACGAGAAGAACGCGUCGGCGGCGGUCGAUUACCAUUCGUAUUACGGCGACAACGCGUACGAUCAACUGGUGGCCGAAGGUGGUGGCUACCAUCACCACCAUCAUCAUCACCACCACGGACAUCACAAUCACCAUCCACAGUCAGCCGAAGCGGCCGUCAUCAUCACGUCGUCGGACGGCCUGAGUUACACGAACUUGGACUGCAACGGCGUCGCGGCUGCCGUACACCUGCAUGGCGGCGGUGGCGGUCAAGACUACGGAACGUAUUCGGACGACGGCGGCGGCGGCGGCGGCGGCGGCGUCUACAACGGUUACGGCGGCCAUCGCGACGACAACGUCCGCGCUGAAUCCUUUUGCGGCGGUGGCGGAGGAGCGUCCGUGGACAACGCUUUCUUCAACAUGCACCUGAACCACGGCGACCACGCGGCCAUCGCGACCGUGGCCGGGCAGCAACAACCGUCACAAUCCACGCAGCAGCAACCACGGCCUCCUUCCACUCAGCCACCGCCGCCGCAACCGCCGCCGCCGCCUCCGUCGCAGGUGUUGUCGGCACAGUCGUCCGGACGUCCGGCGGUAACUUCGCGACAACAAUUGACCACGUCGCAGACGUCCGGCGACGAACGGUGUUCACGAGCCAUCAAACAGGAGGUUACGGCAGGUGGCCAGUGUUAUGGCGGUGGCGGUCAAGACUGUUCGUCGUCGUACAACGACGACGCGGCCACGUACCACGCCGCUGCUUUGGGUGCCGGCCAAUCGCAGCAGCAACACGUUCAGCAUCAGCAACAUCACCAUCACCUCCACCACCAGCACCAACAACAACAACAACAACAACAACAACAACAACAGCAACAGCAGCAGCAGCAGCAACAACAGCAACAACAGCAUCAUCACCAUCAUCACCAACAGCAGCAACAGCUCUGCAGUCGGCAAAACGGUGGCGCUCAGCAAAAGCAAAGCUCUGUCGUGGCCGCUUCGGCUGUUCAAACGGCCGUGCCCACUUACAAGUGGAUGCAAGUCAAACGAAAUGUUCCUAAGCCUGCUGUGAUCAAAAGCGAAUAUCAUCACCACCAUCAUCAGCAUCACCUUCAGCCGGUCAAUUCGGCGGCGGUGGCGGCGUUCGGGGGGUCUCCAACCAUGAUGUCGACAGCGGCCGGCCAGGGGCUGAUGUCAGUGGCGGAUACGGCACGAGGUGGCAGCGGCGGCGGCGGUGGUGGUGGCGGCGGUAACAGUGGCGGUCAACAGCAAAUGAUGCUGAACCAGUCGCCGGUGGUGACCAGGUCGCAGAUGAUGAACGGCAACAACGCGGCCAUGCUGCUGAUGAACAACACGGGCCGGACGAACUUCACCAACAAGCAGCUGACCGAGCUGGAGAAGGAGUUUCACUUCAACAGGUACCUGACCCGGGCCCGGCGAAUCGAGAUCGCAUCCGCGCUGCAGCUGAACGAGACCCAGGUGAAAAUAUGGUUCCAGAACAGACGGAUGAAGCAGAAGAAGCGGCAGCGGGAGGGUUUGCUGCCGGCGGCCCAGCAGCAGCAGCACCAUCAACAGGAAAUGCACUUGAGUGGCACCAGCAGCACCAGUAACUCGCCCACCGCGUCCACCAACGUGUAACUACAACAACCCUUAUAAUUCCAUAAAAUCAUAACCAACCGCGUUCCGCCGAAACCCUCGUGGGGUCGGUGGUUGAACGUUAGUGUGGCGGAUACGCGUUGCCCGUGUACGAUUGUGAACACGUCGUCGUGCGGUACGACGCACGGGAUGGACGCGCGUGCUGGGCAGCGAUUGUCGUGCGCGUCACACGCCUGAUCGUGAAAUGUGAUCGUAGACACGCGUAGAGCAUUUCGACGGGGACGUACCGGCGGGCAUAUAUCCGUCCCUGAAGACUUGUGAUUGGGUGACGAAAAACAAUUGCUCGCGCUGGGAAAACGUUAUCGGAGAAGAAGCGUAGGGGUAUCCCGCGGUAUCCCGUGGUGCACGCGCGAUCGAUUCUGUACAUUCUUGCGUUUACCGGAAAGGGACGAUGAGGCCGUCGUCACAUGGCAAUCGACCGCUAAACGGACGCCCAUGGACUGGUAGUGUAAUGGACGUUUAGCGGCCGAUUUGUUAUUUUUCACCACGCAACACAACUAUCCGGAUAAAUGUUAUGGAGACGGGCAGGAGGUUAGGCUUUUGUCCCUCGCGUUAGAUUUGUUUGGCGGUCGGACCGGUUGACACGCAAUCGACCAACGAAAUCAUAAAGUGCGCUAUUUCGGCUACGGUUAGCGUAACUCCCGACCUGACCACGACCAUCAGUCGACUGGUUGUCUGUCAACGGUGACAACCCAUUCCCGUACGUUUCGAAUUAUUCGAAACCGUAACAUUGUAACAAAGACCUGUGGUGGUAAGCUUGACCCAUAAUUUACCCAUUACGAUUGAUCCACGGGGUAGCGCGCGCUUAUCCACUCGGUAAAUACAUUUAGCUGAACGUUGUAGUGAUGGCCCUCAAUUUUACAAGUCAGCGAACAGAAUCGAGUCGUUGUAUUACCAUCAGCGUAUCAUGCACGAUUGUGUAUGUAUGUCAUGAAGUUUUCAAGUCUCUGUCUAAAAAAAAAAAACCGUUAGAAUGUCUCGUUUUUAGUCGUAGCCAAGACGUGUAUUAGACGGCGUGACAAAGAAUACGUCAUGAUUUAUUGCAAAAUGUUUAAGUCACUUGUUCGAAUAGGUACGUUUACCUCGAAUAUACCACGCUAUCGAUUUCUGUACUUAACUGCUGUGUUUUCACAAUCAGCGAUCGUGACGCGAUCACAAUGUUUUGGGCGCAUUAUAUAAACAUAUAUAAAAAUUUAAGUGUAUUAUAAAUGUGCAUGAGACAACGGCAACCACUGUUCGCGUUUUCGUUUAGUUCCUAUAAUGUUUGUAAAUAUUAUUUGUGUAAAUGUAUAAUACAUUAUGACUUAUUACAUGUUUAACUACUAUUAUUACGAUGUACAAUAUUAUUAUAUAUAUAUAUAUAAAAAAAAAGAAGAGUGUAAGACGUUUCUUACUUAAUAUACGUACCCACUUGAUACAUUAUAGUAUACAUUAUAUAUACUGAUUUCAAAUCUUCGCGUUCGUCUGUAUACACUUAUUAUUGUUUAAUCUCGACGUUGUAUACUUUUAAUGUAAUCGUAAACCGUAUAAAUGUACUAGUUUGGAGUACCUAAUAAUAUGUAUAGGCAAAGUUAACGUGUACAUGUGGUAAUUAUAUUUGCAUAUAUGGUGAUAGAAAAUCAAAUAUCUUUUUUAUUCCGAUUGUGAUUCGCUGUGAUUAAAAUUAAAAUACGUGUUUAUCAUUAUAAAUACCUACUUGAUCCAUAUCCCCGUAGAUAUAUAUUAAUGUGAAUUAUAUAAGUUUAUACAAGGUGAACGCGCAUCGUAAUAUAUUACGUAUAGUGUGUACACGAAUAAAAAACCAAUGAUUCCCAAAUCGUGUAUAAACUAAUGAUUUUUCUCGUGUUAAUUAAUUUAAAUAAUUUAUAAAAUUCA